AUGGCCAAGGGCGACGACGUCACGCAAUGCCCAGCAUUGGCAGGUCGAUUACUAAGAGUGCUGGGGCUCCCUCCACGCCCCCGCCAAUAUCAUCUCCAGCGGGGCUGUCAACACCGCUACGGGUACUGCCCCGGCGUUUUCGCUUCCGGACCAGAAGCCGCCACGAUCGAUACGAUUGUGCUGGAGCUUAACGCCUGGCCCUCUUCGCCCGCCGCAACGGAACCAAAGGUGGCGUCUUCGGCAUCAAACACGACAGACAUUAACAACGAUCACGAUUACGAUUCUUGCCACAUCGAUUCUCCACAAACGACGACGGGACGCCGGUGUAGCCAAUCAUCACCGUCGAAUAGGCCGCAGCAGGGCCACAGGCGAGCCAAUUCUUUCGACUCGACGAAUACCGACUCUUCCACUGCAUCCUCGUCGCGCUCACGUUGGGACACGCCAAGCCGGGACGGAUCGACGGCCUCAAGUUGCAGCACGAAACACGUCGAAGACAGACGGAGCAGGGAGUCGAGGAAAGCCUGGAGAGAAUACUGGUGAUUCUCUCCCGAAAUCGACUAGGUAGUUAGUUUAUAGCAGGAAAGGCAGAAA